GUUACGAUGUGGGGUGGUACGCCUCCGUAUCAGCCAGCGCCGGGAUCAACAGUGCGAUUCUAGCUUUCGAGGCCGGGAGUUCGGCCUCUUAUCCACCCCUGUGUACUAUACCUACAGCUGUUGUUUGCUUUUAACAAAUAUCUUAUCAGUGAGCUAUUGUUACGAAUUUAUUAAGAAAGUGAAAAUGAACGUGAAAAUACUUCUUGUGGCUACCUGCCUUUUAGGCUAUUUCGGUACCAAUGCUCUGCAUUGCUAUGAAUGCAAUAGUCAUAAUAACAGCCAGUGCGCCGAAAACAUUCUUCCGGAUGCCCUGAAGAAGGAUUGUGUGGAACACGUGGAGGGUGCCAAGUAUACUAUGUGCAGAAAGAUCGUCCAGGUCAUUGAGUUCAGCGUGAAUGGCUUGCCAGCCAAUACCCGGGUAAUCAGAAGCUGCGGAUGGGACGAGACGGCCUACAAGGGUCGCUGCUACCAGAGAGGUGGUUUCGGCGGUCGCCAAGAAGUCUGCAGCUGUACAACAGAUUAUUGCAACGCAGCGACUACUUCGAUUCCGACAUCUUGGACCCUCAUGAUCCUCUCCUUCCUAGGGAGCCUCAUCGCCGCCUUCGCACGUUAUUAAUCCACCCAUAGUAGCUACGAUAUACAAAUUAAUCUAAAUCGGAUGGUGAGAGCAGCUAGGAGAUCCGCAAUUGCGUCACAAAAUCAUAAUGGACCAACCGUUCUUCGCGAAGAAAAGAAAGAUAAUGGAACUCCAUUAAACAAUCGCGAAAUUCAUGUAACCACAUAAGGAUUCUCCAUUUUUUAAAUUUCGAUAACGAAUCAAAUCUUCGCAGUUCAUUAAUUUUUAUCUUUCCCAAGCUGGAAAAGACUCUUUUAUUAGUUAUACGUUUUCAUGCGAUUCAAUUACAAGUUUUAUCACUCUUCUGAUAUUCAAUUAAAUUAUACAGCUAGAAUUCUAAGACGUAUUCAAGUGUUCAAAUAACAAAUAGCUAAUUAGUAAGCUGCAAUACGGGAAUGACUUUUUGGCAGAAUGUCGAAUGAAGAAAUUGAAAAUGGAAAAGCUAUCACAUUCUCUGGAUGAUAUAUUGCGCAUUAUUUUUAAAGUAAUUUAAAUACUUUCAAAUUGUAAAAUCAAUAAUUACUCAAUACGAGUCAUCGUAGACUUGGAACAGUUGUACGACAUAUGUGUGAGAAAUAUAUGUAUAUGAGGUA